GCGUUAAUAAGAUACAUUCGACAUACACGAGAACGAUUAAUUAUCACUUCAUAAUCGAAAUAUUAUAAAUCUGAAAGUAAGUAAUACUCAGCUAGCAUUUAUAAAAGGAGGGCUUGAAUAUCAUAGUUUUAGUCCAUAUAACAAUCGCCUGGGACUAAUAUACUCUCAGUAAUCACGUAUGACAAGGGUAUUCAAUUUGUAAAAGUGAUACCAAAAUAGUAGGCUUAGAGGCAAUAUUUUCAGACGCGAUGAACGCUCAAACACCGACUUUCAACAUUUCGGGACAAGGUAGGGGAAUAUCUUUCCAAGAUGCCGAACAGGUGAGGAAAAAUAUGACUUUUAUGUCCUUGUUCGUAUUGUACGAGGCUCUGCUUUCAGUGGUGGGGAUAGUUGGAAACAGCAUCAUAAUAGGGACGAUUGCAACGGUGAAGACAAUGCAAACACUACCGAAUAAAUUUAUGAUUAGUCUAGCUUCGGCAGACCUUUUGGUAACGAUGAUCCUGCAGCCGUUAAUGAUGGUUGGGGCAUUAAAGGGAGAACGCUUCAUUGUGGAGACGCAGGGUCUUUGCGCUACCAUUGCGUUCGUCUGUGUUGUAAGCUGCAUCACAUCAUCGGGUAACAUAAUGUUAAUUAGCGUAAAUAGGUACAUCCGUAUCUGCAAGGAAAAAUGGUACAAAUCAAUCUACUCCAAAAGAACGGUUACAUUGAUGAUUCUUGCGGCUUGGUGCCACGGAUUGCUAUGGUACAUCUUCCUAUGGGUCGGAUGGAGCGAGGUAACAUUUGAACGAAAGCAAUUCACAUGUUUCUACAACCGCCAUAAGGAUUUCAGCUAUGUUAUAGUUGUCGCAAUAGUCGCUUGCUUCAUUCCCGUAAGCGUAAAUUGUCUGGCGUAUCUUCAAAUAUUUUUCAAAGUACGUGAAUCAAGAAAGAGAAUCGAUGCCUUUCGUAAACCAACUACCAACAAAGAAAUCCCGUCUACUACGGCUGUCAAUAAAGAAAUUCCAAAAACGGGACCGUCUAGUCCACCCGCAGUAGGCCUAAGUGAACAAUCCACAAACGGGGGAUCACCCCAUGCUGCUACGAAACAAGCCAUUAAAAAAGACACGGCAACAAGCAAUGAUAUCAAACUAGCUAGAAUGCUUUUCAUCAUGUUCACAGUUUACUGUAUGCUCUGUGGGCCAUAUGCGAUCAUGUGCUUGUUUGACCGGAAUGACGAGCUUUCGUUGUAUUGGUACGCAAUAUUGGGGCACAUGUUCCAUUCUAACAGCGCCGUGAACUUCUUCAUCUACGGACUGACCAACAACACGUACAGAAAUGGAUUUUCAUUGUUCUUUAAAAAUAUAAAAUAUCGGAUGUUUUGA